AUGUAUCAUGGGCAAAUAGCUAGUAAAAGGCCCUCUAAUCCCACACAGAUGUACCAGCAACCUCCAAGGCUUCUCAUUGUGCAUAUUGCUCUACCAUCCUGGGCUGACAUCUGCUCCAACCUCUGUGAGGCUCUGCAGAACUUUUUCUCUCUAGCCUGCAGCUUGAUGGGCCCCAGCCGCAUCCCUCUCUUCAGCUUAUACAUUGUACAAAAUCAGCACGAGUGCAUCCUCCCUUUUGUGCAAGUGAAAGGGAACUUUGCUAGGCUGAAGGCCUGCAUCUCAGAACUCCGCAUACUGCAAAGAGAAGGUUGUUUCAGACCACAAGGCAUUUCUCUGCAGCUGGCAAUACAGGAUGGGCUCCAGCAGUUCAAACAGUACAGCAGACACGCAAGCACAGGUGCAGCUCUGACCUACAGUUCCCUGGAGAUUACCAUUCUGACUUCACAGCCUGGAAAAGAGGUGGUCAAACAGUUGGAGGAAGGAUUGAAAGAUACAGACCUAGUCAGGAUCAGGAAGCUUCAGGUGGUUGAGAUCACAAAGGGAGCCCUAGAAUGUAUGAACUCAGCAUCCCCUGUUGAAGAGCCCAGCAAUGAGGAGAGUCCUAUCCUGGCAACUGACAUUGACCUUCAGACUAUAGACAGUGAUAUUGUCAGCAUGGAGAUUUUCUUCAAAGCCUGGCUGCAUAACAGCGGAACAGAUCAAGAACAUGUUCACCUUCUUCUUCCUUCACGGAGUAUCAGCAACAUUUCCAGAACCAGAGAUGAUUCAAUGUGCCUGAAAUGUGAUCUUCAAGAGCGACUUCUCAGCCCAUCCCUACUCCCUGGAACAGCUGAUGGCUCUUUGAGGAUGGAUGACCCCAAAGGAGACUUCAGCACCCUCUACCAGAUGGUUUCCCAUUCAUCAGCCUCUUGUUACAAGCUCCGGGUGAUCAAGGCUGUAAAAUCCAGUGGGGUCUGCGAAUCACUGACCUAUGGGCUCCCCUUCAUCCUCAGACCCACAAGCUGUUGGCAGCUGGAAUGGGAUGAGCUGGAAACAAAUCAGCAGCAUUUCCAUGCUUUGUGUCACAGCCUGCUGAAAAGAGAAUGGCUGCUAUUGGCCAAAGGGGAGCCCCUGAACCGAGAAGACAAACUGAGAGAGCCCACUAGCACCUUCUACGUGAUCCUGCCGUCUCCCUCUCCCACUCUGCUGGUGAAGGCAGUGGCCACUCGGGAACUGAUGCUACCCAGCCCUUUCCCCCUGCUACCUGAGGACAUGCCUGCUGACAGCCUUAAGACUGUGGAGAGCAUGCUUGAUGACCUGGAACUAGAAUCCACCUACAACCCCUUGCAAGUUUGGAGCCACCUGUACUCACACCUGAGCAGCACCUCUGCCAACCCUCACAGCCGGUUCCACCCAAGCUCCAAGAGCCGAGCUGUGAGAAAGGCUGAGCCUUUGCAAAUAAAUCGAGUGCGAGCCACAGUGGCCCCUCUGCCUAUGACUCCAGCCCCUGGCAGAGCCUCCAAGAUGCCAGCAGCCAGCAAAGCUUCCUCAGAAGUCUUCUUCCAGCCUUCUGUGGAAGAGGAGGAAGAGGCAGAUGAGGAGCAUCCCUCAGGGCCCUAA